AUGCAGUUUAUUAUACAUACAUUGGAUAACCUUUUAUGUACUUUUCUCUCUUCAUCUAUCUAUCUCUUGUUUGUUUGUCUAUCUAUCUAUCUUGCUUUUUUUUCUUUGCAGAACUAUAUUUCUCCCAUCAAACGAAGUGUUUCAUUCUGUCUAUUCGUACUCUCUCUCUCUCUCUCUCUCUCUCGGAAAUUCAAAUAUGAGAUCCAUGCCCGCAGCCCGAAAGGUCGAAAAUACUAUGAUAACUCAUGUUCAGACGAAAUUGUUGGCUUUGAGAGUCUUUGUGACAGCGACUCGAGCGUUUUCUCUGAUCCUUCGAACGGUUGUCUCGACUGUCAAAACGAAGACUUUUCAGCCUGUGCGACCUAUGGCUGCUUCGACAACUCACCGAUUACUCCUCGGAUCAACAAGCGACUGAUAUACGACGACCCUACUGAUCCUCAGUAUCAAAAGCGAUUGUACAAAAGAGAAUACCAGAGGAAAAGAUAUGCAAACAUGUCACUGGCGGCGCGUCAGCUUCGGCUGGAGCAGAUGAGGGCCUAUGAGCGAGCAAGAAGAGCAUCGGAAACCCUGGCCGAGAGAGAAGCCAGGCUGAUGCGAUUAAGGAUAAAUCAGAAACGAAGACUAGACAGUGAGACAGAAGCAGAACGCCUGAGACGGCUCCAGCGUCUCCAGAGGAACCAGCGUCUUCGGCUCGAAAUCGAAACGCCGGAGGAAAGACAAAAACGGCUGAUUCGUCUGAGAGAAAAUGCUAGGCUGCGUGUUGAAAGGAAAAAGGCCAUUGCUCAAAUUUUGGGAAUGAGUCGUCGUGGAAGGCUUAAGUCUACAUCUGCUGAGAUGCUCAUGAAGCAAGCUAACUCCUUGAAUGAUCGUGAGGGAGGAUUCUCAUGCAUGAAACUCUCCCAGAAAAAUUCCUCUCAAAGAGAUGGUGGAUACCAGUAUAUGGAUUCAGGCAACAAGAACAUUACAAACAGACAAGAUGGAUAUUCAUACAUGAACCAGGGUGAGAAAGGUGUCAACGAUCGGGAAGAUGGGUUCUCUUACCUGAACCAAAAUGACAAAGGGGUCAGGCAAGAGGACUUCUAUCUUGACCCCAGCCAGAAGGGUGUUGCAGACCGGGAUGGAAGCUACUACAUGAAGCCUCAAGGAUGUUGUGCACAUUUCAAACCCGGGACCAAGAGAAGCAUGCCUCCACCAAAUUUGAAUUGUUGCAUCUCUGAUCUAAAUGAAUAUGGUGCCGAGAUGAUGUCUGCAAGAGAUCGCAAACUGCUGAAGAUGCGACUGAAGCAAAGAUGGCGCAUGCACAAUGAAACUGAAGCACAGCGGGCAAAACGUCUGCUGCGCAUGAAGCGGUACCAGCGCCAACGUAUGAAGAAUGAAACUCCAGACCAGCGACAGAUUCGAUUGGCACGAAUGAGGGAGAACUCUAAACGCCGAGCACAGAAUAAACGAGCCAUUACUCAGCUCCUCAAAUCUGGUCAGAUAAGCCGGAAGAGAAGCAGUCCCACUGAAAUGUGCAUGAAGCACAGUAAAGAAAAUUGUAGCCAAAGGAGGUCCCAGUACCUCCCCAACGAUGAUAGUGGCUUUUCACCAAAUGCUUCCCAAAGAGAUCGAGGAGCUUCGUACAUAGACUCUGGCAGUAAAAUGACAUCUGAACGACAAGAGAUGUUUCAGUAUUUAAAUAUGAAUGAAAAGAACGUUGGCAGUGAUCAAGAUGAUGGAUUUUCUUAUUUAAACCUCGGAGGAGGGGAGAAAACUGGACGACAAGAUGAUUUCUCUUACUUAGAUCUCAGCCAAAAAAACUCCAAUGAAAGGGAUGCUGGAUUUUCAUACUUGAAAUCGGAUUCAUCUCAAGGCCAAAACAAAGACAACCCUGAAAAGGGCAGUGUGUUUCCUUGCAUGGAUCAGGGCUACAAUAAAGAUGUUCCAGAAAGAGGCUGUGUGUUUCCCGGUAUGGAUCAGUCAUCGAACCAAGAUAGCAUCAACCGAGGAGGUUCCACAGCCGAUGGUACCAGCUUUCCUGGGCUGAACCACAAUCAAGAUGAAAGAGACUCUAGUUAUCAAUGUCUGACACCAAAUCAAGAUAAAGAACAAGUCGCUAGGAGCUCUGAAGCUUUUCAUUAUUUGAAUCUAAACAACAGUAUGGAUGUUGGUGAUAAAAGUGGGGAUUUCUCUUACGCAAAACCAACACAGCGGGACCAGAGGAGAAAAUAUGACUCUGGUAUGAAAAAAAAGGGUCCAGAUUCCUGCACAGACUCGGCAUUUGCAUCUAUUAUUAAUCAAGAUUGCUGUGAACAAGUUGGCAAAGAUGGGAUCCCCAGUGAGCUGAACGAGUACAUACCAAAAUCAGCACUCAGCCGGGAAAGCCAGCGCCAGAAACGGCUGGAACAGAUGCGACAAUACCAGCGCCGGCGACUGGAACACGAGACACCAGAUGAGCGCCAGAAUCGACUGCAUCGAAUGCGUGAGAAUGCACGUCUACGCUCAGAGAAAAAGCGGCAGAUGUCACAGUUGCUACGAAAUGUCCAACCUGUCCGAAAAAGACUUUCAUCGAUAGACAAGGAUAAUAUGAUGAGAUAUCAGCCAUUGAGUGACCGUGACAGAGAGACUAGUUGGUCAUGCCUGGAACAGAACCACAAAGAAAAGUCCGAGGGUUUUUCCUAUAUGUCCCCAGGGGACAAAGAACAACAGGAUGAUUACUCUUAUCUGAAUGCAAAUAAUAAAACUAUCACAGAUCGAGAUGCAGAUUAUUCAUUUAUGAAGCCAAAUAUAUCUCAAGUCCAGUCAAAGGAUAAUCCAGAAAGGGGCAGUGUGUUUCCCUGCAUGGAUCAUGUGCAGAAUAAAAACUCACCAGAAAGGGGUGGGGUCUUCCCAUGUAUGGAAGAAGCUAAUAAUAAGGAUAUCAUUGAGAGAGGGAGAACAGGUGGACCAGUUUUCCCUUGCAUGACCCAGGCCUUAAAUAAAGACACUCCUGAUAAGGGAACUGGGGUCUUCUCCUUCUUUUCAUAUCUAUCUAUCUAUCUAUCUAUCUAUCUAUCUAUCUAUCUAUCUAUCUAUCUAUCUUGUGGAACCCCCCGGUGA